UAAUUUAUCCGCCAAUUAUCUUGAUCAAUUUUUUAUGCUUUGAAAUUAUCAGUGUCUAUUUUAUUUAAACCCAACAACAUGCAAAUUCCUCUUCCAUUUUCUGGUAAAAUGGAGCUUCAUUCUUUACAAUGUUCAUCUUCUCCUGUAACCACUUUACCUUCAUCUAUACUUUAUAGAAGCAAUUUGUUAAAAAAAUCGCAUUUUUAUGGCCAAUUUAUCAAAUUCUCCGGUUCUGAGAAAUACCCAUUUGCUAGAAAUCUUCAAAAGUUCCACAUUAGGGCUCAAUUAUCAUCUGGCGCUACAAGAGCUAGCUCUUCACCUAUUGAGGCAACUACCGAGAAUGUUAAUUCUAGAGAUGAUAAUGUUGUCUUUGUUGCUGGUGCUACCGGUAAAGUUGGCUCGCGAACUGUAAGGGAGCUCUUGAAGCUAGGAUGCCAAGUUAGAGCCAGUGUGAGGAGUGCACAGCGAGCUGAAAGUCUGGUGCAAAGUGUUAAACAGAUGAAGGUGGACACCGAUGGCAUUGGUGGACGCAAACCUAUAGAGAUGCUUGAAAUCGUGGAAUGUGAUCUAGAAAAGCCUGGUCAGAUUGUUCCAGCGUUGGGCAAUGCUUCGGUUGUCAUAUGUUGCAUCGGAGCCAGUGAAAAGGAAAUUUUUGACGUGACUGGACCAUAUCGUAUUGAUUUUUUGGCUACCAAGAACCUUGUUGAUGCAGCAACCGUUGCUAAAGCUAACCAUUUUAUCCUGGUUACUUCCCUUGGAACAAACAAGUUUGGAUUUCCUGCAGCCAUCCUUAAUUUGUUUUGGGGAGUCCUGUGUUGGAAGAGGAAAGCGGAAGAAGCAUUGUUAGCCAGUGGUCUACCCUAUACAAUAGUGAGACCGGGAGGUAUGGAAAGGCCUACGGAUAGUUUCAAGGAAACUCAUAACAUGACUCUUGCACAGGAGGAUACUUUGUUUGGGGGCUUAGUCUCUAAUCUGCAGGUGGCAGAACUUUUGGCGUUCAUGGCACAGAAUCAGAACCUAUCUUACUGCAAAACAGUGGAAGUGGUUGCUGAAACAACUGCACCUUUAACUCCUAUGGCUGAGCUCCUUGUGAAAAUCCCUUCGAAACGGGAGAAACCAAAGGAUCAGAUACCAAAAGCCCCUACGACAUCUGGAGCCUUAGUUGAAAGGAGCGUUGUUAUUGAAAAACCGUCUAAAGAAAAAUUAGUGGAACAAGAUGCUCCAUCUAAGCCAAUUGACGCUGAACCAGUUAAAAGUUUCAUCUCUGAGGUACCAACUGAUAUAACUGAAGAGGAAUCGGUUCAAGAUAAAAGAACUACUUCUGUGACUUUAUCUCCAUACACAAUGUACGAUGACUUAAAGCCACCUUCCUCCCCGUGUCCAACUGCGCCUAGUGGGCCAGAAAAGAAAAUUCAAUCCGAUAGUACAGUUCCUAGUACAGCAGAUAUUCCCACUACUGUUUCAGAAACAGAAGUCGAUACUGCUGAGACAGUUGAAUUGCAGAAAUUGCAGCCUCUUUCUCCUUAUACCGCGUAUGAUGACUUAAAGCCACCUUCAUCACCGUGUCCAACUGCCCCUAGUGGGCCUGAAAAGAAAAUCGAAUCUGACGGUACAGUUCCCAUUACGGCAGAUACUUCCGUUACUGUAUCAGAAACAGAAGCCGAGACUGCUGAGAAAGCUACUGUAGAGUUGCCGAAAUUGCAGCCUCUUUCUCCUUACACCGCCUAUGAGGAUCUGAAGCCUCCCAGCUCCCCAUGCCCGUCACCUCCUGGUAGUUCCUUUAAAGAAUCUCCGAAGACCUCAAUUACUGAUAAUGGUGUACCGAAGGUCAUUGAUGAAACCUUGGCACAAGAUAUUAAGCCACAAGAAAUUCAGAAGAAAUCAAUAUUUUACCAUUCACCAUACCCUGUUUAUGAAGAUUUCAAGCCCCCGACUUCACCAACACCAGCAGCACCUACUUCAUCAGCGACUCUCACCUCCUCCGUUGCUGAGUCUCAGAUGGUUAGCAUGUCAAACAAUGGCGCACCUGAACCUGUGGAAGCACAGAAUACUGUUUAUGAGCAGAUUUCUAUACAACCAAAGCCGAGACCACAAUCUCCCUAUACUAUGUAUGAGGACAUGAAGCCACCAACUAGUCCCAUGCCAUCAGCUGGGAAUCAGUAACCGCCGUUCAAGUGUGGAUUAUGUCUCGCCCAACGAAGGAUCGCUAACACCCAAGUGAAAUUGCACACCAUUCUGCACAAUAUAAUUCCUUACUUCACUGCAAUUUGUAAUUGCAAUUGAUUUUUUGGAAUUGCAAUUUGUAGUUUGAGCGGUUUAUUCUGUAUUUAUUCACGAGAGCAUGUCAAAUUUUAGAGGAGCUUCUUAUUAUGAACUAUGAAGUUUUGUAUUGUAUUGUACUCAUGCUUCAAUAAUCAUAAAUAAUCUCUUUUUAUAGCCUUUUGCCUA